AUGGCCGAAAUGAUCUCGAGUGCUGCCACGGGUGUGUUGGGCUCCGUCAUCGACAAGCUGGCCGCCAUGCUCACCGACAAGUACAACCUUGCCAGAGACGUCAAGCAAGGGAUCCGGUCCCUGCAAGACGAGCUGCGCACCAUGGAAGCCAUGCUGCUGAGGCUCGAAGACAAGGACGACGACCAGAUCGAUCCACUCGCCAAAGACUGGAGGAGCAAGGUGCGUGAGCUGUCCUACGAUAUUGAGGAUUGCAUCGACCGUUUUGUGCUCAAUCACAGCCAUGGAGAUGGAGGUUCCACGGCCAACUUCGUGCACAAGGCCAUUCAAAUGGUGAAAACGUUGUUCAAGGACAGAGGAAUAGCAGAGGAGAUCCGACGACUCAAGAGGCUCGUGAGCGAGCAGAGCGAGCGGGGGAAACGCUACUACGACAUCAAUCAGUGUCUCCUCGCCUCUUCAUCUCAGCCAGUGCUCUUGGAUCCUCGAGCACCUGCACUCUUUCAGGAGGCCAGGGAUCUUGUUGGAAUCGAUGCUCCUCGUGAGGAGAUCAUCAGCUUAUUGAGAUGUGAAGACAAGGAGCACAAGGUGGUGUCCAUCUAUGGGAUAGGUGGACAGGGGAAGACCACUCUCGCCAUGGAGGUGUACAACAAAAUCACUGAAGCUGCUUUUGAUAGCCGGGCUUUUGUGUCUGUAUCACAAACUCCAGAUAUGAAGAAACUUCUUAGAGAUAUAUUGUCUCAAAUAAGCCAGAGACAUUUUGACCAGCCACAGAUGUUAGAGACAGUUGAGCAGCUCAUCCGCACAGUGAAAGAAUGCUUAAAGGACAAGAGGUACUUCAUCUUGAUUGAUGAUAUCUGGAAUGUCGAUGCAUGGGAGCUUGUACGAUCUGCCUUACCUCGCAAUGACAAUGGAAGCAGAAUUAUUACUACAACACGCAUUGAAUUAGUAGCCAAAUCUUGUUGUACUGGUAUUGCUGCACAAAUGUAUCAAGCAAAGCCCCUUAUUCUGGUUAAUAAGCAUGCCACAGAGUUCUUAAACAGCCAAGUCUUGCGAGUGCUGAAUAUUGAAGUUGAAUAUUGUGAAUGCCCUCUUGGACAUGUCAAAAGUUUAGGUCAGUUGAAGUACUUGAAGUCCAGCAAGCUUCCAGAAGAUAUAGAAAAGCUGGAACGUCUAGAGACACUAGACAUGAGAUGGGCCAGGCUUGAAAACCUACCAACAUGUAUUAUCCAGUUGCAUAAGUUGGUGCGCCUUUUUGUCCAUUCAUCGGUGCGCCUACCCGAUGGAAUCGGAAGUCUGCAGGCGUUGGAAGAGGUAUCAACGAUCAAUUUGGGUAUUCAAUCUCUAAAGUUUAUCCAAGGACUCGGAGAUCUGACCAAUCUGAAAUUACUUAAAAUUGAUUGGUCAUGCUCUACUGAAUUACGUGAUAUGGAGGAUCACAAGGUGGGCCCUCAAAUUAGCUCACUAGUCAACCUGACCCGCCUCCGCAUUUUUGUCCAUGGUGAAGCAGGCAAGGAAGGAAUAAAUAUCCUAGCAAGUUUACCCAUGCUGCUCUCUCUUACAGUUACCUUAUCCAAUGACCAAGAUGGAGAUGCAGGCAUCCUCUUCGCAAGGCAUGCAAUCAACAGGCAAGGAUUCCAGAGUUUGCUCAAGUUGAAUUUGCGCUGUUGGCGCGAGGCGGCAUUGGAGUUUGAGCCGGAAGCCAUGCCAAAGCUCCAAAGGCUCAAGCUGGAACUGAGGGCACGGUGCCAGUUCAAGUUUGGGGAAGGUGGCCUCGUCCUUGGGCUGCAGAAUCUUGGACUAGGCCUCAAACAUGUGGCUGUCGUGGUUGUCUGCUACGCUGCUGUUGCAGACGAGGUGGAGGCUUUGGAGGAUGACAUCAGGGGCGCAGCAGCCGUCCAUCCCAACCGUCCCAUACUCCAGAUCCAAAGAAUUCAUCAAGAUUGGAUGGCUCAGGGGUGCAGCAGGCGUCCAUCGGACCAUGCCAUACUAGAAGCCUAA